UGUUACCGAAACUUCUAAUCUCCGGUGAGUCUGGCUCCCCCGGGUUCUGUUGUAUUGAUCCGCGUCCGAUAGCAGCCAAAAGACAAGAUGAGACAACGCAAGGACUAUGUCUCCAAAUAGACUGGAGAGGAACUGUUAUUGUGAUUAUGGUUUUGCUGAGAGUGGUUGAUCGUGAUGGAUGUGAGAUGUCGGGUUCUCUUCACCGUCUGCUCGCUGCUGCUCAUCGCGCGCAGUGACGGCUCUCCGUUCACCGACUGUAUUCAGAGCAAAGGGAAAGCGGGCUUUUACGAGGGAUCCAUAGACUCAACCGAGUCAGGCGUGAAAUGCAUGAACUGGAGCGAUGUGCCCGGUGUUACAGAGCGGUAUCCGGGGAAAGGACUUGGGGAUCAUAGUUUCUGCCGAAACCCGGACGGCAGAAUUCGGCCCUGGUGUUUCUUUCCAAACAGCCGGGGACGCAUUGACUGGGGCUACUGCGACUGCAAGCAAGGUUCUUUGCGACUGCAGGGAGGCAGAUCCAAGUUGGAAGGUACAGUAGAAGUGUAUCUGAAUGGUGUGUGGGGAACCAUCUGCAGUAACGGCUGGGAUGACCGAGAUGCCACUGUGGUGUGUCGACAGCUGGGACAGGGCUCUAGAGCGCAUGCACGUGUGAGUCCUCUGUCACGUCUGCUGGUGUCUGUAGUUCACUGGCAGUCCAUGGGCUGUGAGGGACAGGAAGAGGACUUACUGCAGUGCAAUCGCACCGUCUGGAACGGGGGAGAGUGUGUUAACCGUCAGGCGGCUGCUGUCUCUUGCACGCCAGUGGAGGCUUCUGUGUUUGUCCCGGUACGUCUGUCUGGUGGGUGGUCAGCGUAUGAGGGCAGAGUAGAGGUGUAUCAUGCAGGACAGUGGGGCACAGUGUGUGAUGACCAAUGGGACGAUAAUGACGCUGAGGUGGUCUGCAGGCAGCUGGGGUUAGGGGGCAUUGCUAAGGCUUGGGUGGGAGCAUAUUACGGUGCAGGCUCAGGGCGAGUAUUGUUGGAUGAAGUGAGCUGCACAGGAAAUGAGCUUUCCAUAGAGCAGUGUCCAAAAACCGCCUGGGGGGAGCACAACUGUGACCACACAGAGGAUGCUGGAGUGUCCUGCAUCCCACUUACAGAUGGUGCAGUGCGUCUGGUUGGGGGUGUGAAGGGUUAUGAGGGGAGACUGGAGGCUCAUUACAGAGGUCAGUGGGGGACCGUGUGUGACACAGGCUGGACACAGACCAACACGCAGGUCGUCUGCAGGCAGCUGGGCUUCAGGUCAGGGGAGAGUGUGUCGGCAGGGCGGUUCGGGGUGGCGGCUGGUCCCAUUCUCCUGGAUGAUGUCAGGUGUAUAGGAAAAGAGCCCACAGUCACACAGUGCAGCCGGAGGGGCUGGUUCAAACACGACUGCGCUCACAACCAAGAAGUAGCCAUUGUCUGCAACUCCCAACGCUCCAGGCACGGAGUGCCCACCAGCGUACCUGUGAGACUGGUGGGCGGAGAGAAUGAGAGAGAGGGGCGUGUCGAGAUCCUGGUGGGUGGCCAGUGGGGGACGGUUUGUGAUGACGGAUGGACGGAUCGGGAUGCAGAGGUGGUGUGCAGACAGCUGGGCUACAGUGGGCUGGCUAAAGCUCGUGUAAUGGCGUAUUUUGGAGAAGGUGAGGGGCCUAUUCACACUGAAAACGUAAAGUGCACAGGUGGGGAGCUUUCGCUGAUUGACUGUAUCAAACAACCAUUUGGGACACACAACUGUCGCCAUAGCGAAGAUGCCGGUGUUAUUUGUAACUAUGGAUUACAGAAGGAUUCUCCUGAGGUCAAAGAGGCAGUGGGCUCCAUGUGUGGUAUAAGACCCUCUCAUACCCGUCAGAAGAGAAUAAUAGGCGGGGAGAACUCGCUACGUGGGGGCUGGCCGUGGCAGGCAGCUGUGCGCUUGCGAGGGUCUCAGGCAGAUGGACGCUUGUUAUGUGGAGCCACUUUGAUCAGCAGCUGCUGGAUCCUGACCUCUGCUCACUGCUUUAAGAGGUACGGUAACAGCACUGGGCUGUAUAAGGUUCGUGUGGGUGAUUAUCACUCUUUGGUUCCUGAGGAGUAUGAGGAAGAGUAUGGCGUGGAGAAGAUCGUCCUUCACCCGCGCUACCGCGCUGACAGCAAUGACUACGACCUGGCACUGGUGCGCGUGUCUGGCCACAGAGCUCACCGGGGUGUCACGGGCCACUGCGUCACACUGAGCCGCUCCGUGCUGCCCGCCUGCCUGCCAAUGCGGAGGGAAAGAGUGCCAAAGGGCAUUGCCAACUGCUACAUCACAGGCUGGGGAGACACAGGUCGUGCAUAUUCAAGAACUCUCCAGCAGGCCUCGAUUUCCAUGUUGAGCAAGCGUCAGUGUGAGCAGCGCUAUUCUGACCAGUUCACCAGUCGCAUGCUGUGCGCCGGCUCCUCCAACGACAACCACCGCGUGGACAGUUGCCGUGGAGAUAGCGGUGGUCCGUUGGUGUGCGAGAGACCUAGCGGAAGUUGGGUUGUAUAUGGGGUCACAUCAUGGGGUCACGCGUGUCGACUGCAAGACGCGCCCGGCGUCUACACAAAAGUCUCAGCCUUCGUGCCCUGGAUCAGGAAGGUCAUUGGCAAGUAGGACCCAGAAAAAUCAACCUGUAACAGACAUUCUGACUAUGCGGGCAGAAAAAAGCAGCACACUUUUAGACACUUCUAGGUUGAAGAGACCUCAAUGGUGAGUGUGGAAUUAAUUUUUUUUUUGUUGCAAGUGUGAUAAUGAAAGCAUAUCUAUGUGACUGUAUACUUUAUACCAUUAAGAGACAGCUACUGUCUGAACCUGUAAAAUAGGCAAUUUUCCUCAAUUAGAGUAAUUUUCCAGUUUGAAACCCAAUAGAUUGAGGAAUGUUCCAAUGGCUUGAAAUCACACCAAGCUUUGAUGCUGAAAUGAGAAGAUUCUGGAUUUCCUGCCAAGAAAUGUAUGGUAAUUCUAAACUCCUGGGAUAUGGUUACCAUGCCAUUGCCGACCACAUCACCUCAUCAACACAUUAAAUGACAUCAUAAUGCUCCACAGGAACCAUGACAUCAUUAGUUCUAGAUCAGAUGUUCGUGAUGAUCUGGACUGAGGUUUGCCAUCUCUCAACAUCAGGACAAAAAAACAUCAUAUAUUUGCUUGAUAUUUUUGCAGUGUCACACGCACUUCCAGAAGCCAGAGAUCGUGGGAUAUGGGAAUUAUGUGCAAUGCAAAGCUGUUUAUACCUCCUUGUUUUAGUGUUUGAGCAUUUCAUAUUAGCAAAAUUAAUUUGUGUUUGCUUUCAGUGAUAUACGUCUAUAUUACACUUCUAUGAGCUUGAUUUAUGAGCGUAGUAGUAAUUAUACAGACUACACCCCCUUUUGAACACAACUCGUCAUUGGUCUGUGUAUAUAAAACCCCUGAUCAUCCACAAGCGGUGUUAUUUUGCACAAAUUAAGUGUUGCAGUUUAGACUUUUGUACGUUUUUCUGAAACAUAAUUCAGUCAUAUUGUAAUCUCUUGUUAAUUAACUACUAUGAAAACGAUCUAAAGUGUUACUUUGUUAAACCCCCUCCCCCUUGUGUUUA